AUGCGAACAGAUCCAUAUUGGAAUCAACGCAGCGCAAGUAGCCGGCCUGCGGGCCCGAAUGGCCAUUCAAUACAUGGUUUUGGGGCUACAGCCGGUCCGAGGUUCAAGGAUACUCCGUUCUAUGCUCUCGAACACCGGGUUGGCGAUGUUCGCGUCUGUGAAAUUAUGAGCCAACACAGAAACAUGGUUUCCAUCCCGGUUAAAAUGAGCGAGUGCCUGGGGGUCAACAAGGUCCUUGAAGAUAAAUCAUACCGGGUCAUGGUGUUUUGCGCCGAUAACAACAAUAACGAGCCUCAAAACAUUGCCUUUCCUCAUCAAUCGGAAAUCAAGGUCAACGGCAACGAGGUUAAAGCUAACCUAAGAGGUCUAAAAAACAAGCCAGGUUCAACACGACCAGUGGAUAUUACGAGCUAUCUCCGUCUGAAAAAUGACAAUCGCAAUCUCGUCGAAUUCACGUACGCCUUGACACAGAAGAAAUAUUACCUUGUUCUCUACGUCUGCAAAACUACGUCAGCUCAGGAGCUGGCUGAGAGAAUCAAAGGGGGCAAGAAGAUCCCCAAGCAGUCUGUCAUUCAGGAGAGUAAGUCUUUUGAGCCUCCUCUGAGCAGUCCGAACAGCUAUUGA